AUGUAUCAAUAUAUUUAUUCAACCUAUUGAUUUGCAAAGAUUCUACCCAGAAAGAUAUAUUUAAACUGCAGUUUUGCCUACCAUUAUCUAUUCCUCAGUGGGAGAAGGUGAAGUGCUGCAACACUGCCAAGACUCGAGCUUUCAAAUAAACGAAGGAUCAUUGAGGUGACUGACGCAGAUCAUUUGUAUGAAUCUCUGAAAAAGAAACAAAAACAGCCAAAUGGGUGUCACAGAAUUGGUUUUUUCUAUUAUCUUCUUCAUACAUCUUCUUCAUUCUGUGUCUUCGUCUCCAGUUCACAAGACGUUGCCUUCAGAAUUGGUGCAGAAAAGCAAGGUAGAAGACACAGAUGUUUAUGGAGGAAGUAAGAUAGAAGGAGGUAUUAGUCAUGGAGGUACAGGCGGUGUCAAAGCACCCAACAAUGGUGAUAAUGGUAAUUCCCAAGGAGGUGGUGCCGCAGUUAUCCCUGUUUAUGCGGCUGGUGCAGCCAACAACAAUCGUCAGCAUCAGAACCACCAUGGAGAUGCCACCUGCAACCUCAAAGGACUCGAACUUCCUACUUUAAUUAUGGUGAUCAUGGGGUUCUAUACUCUUGUACAGUUAUGCUUGUUCACAUAGAAAGUGAAAGUCUUUAUUUCAUGGUAUGCAAAAGCUAUUUGGUUCUUCGGAGUUUUUUCCAAAAAUGUUCUGGUGUGUCAGUAUACUUUAUUGUGAUGCGUGCUUGCUUUUGGAAUUUUUCCGCUUAAUUUUAACCUGUCUAGUGUUGUACAUCAUGAUGGAAGUAUUCAUUGGCCUUCACAUCCCAGUUCCUGAGUUUGAUGUUUUUGUCACAAUAUCAGAAAUGUAACCGAGUGAUCUUCUGGAUUCUUAUCAA